GUAUAUAUUGUGUGUGAUCAUGUGGGUCCACAUCUGCGUUUGUGUGCUGGUGGUAAACUCUGGUGAAUCGAGAACAGAGGGCUACACAAACAUAUUAAUCAAGAUGUUGGGGACGGGGGGGACCUGAGAGCACACAGGGCUGAUCCCAGGAAGGCAGCUGGGAGCCUGGAGGAAGCGCUUGUCAUUAUGUUCUCUCAAAACGGUUCCUUUCUGUCGUCCUGAAGGAUGUAGCCCAACCCAAGCUAGUUCAGUGCCCAGACAAACUAACCACUGUGAUAGGUCUUGGAUGGAUGAUCUUCACGACCUUACUCAUUUUGUCAAGAAACUCCUAAAUUUGACCUCCCCUCCCCCCCAUGUGCUGGUGUCUCAUUUCUCAUUUCACCCCGCUAGAUUUGCAUGACAGGCCAUUGGAGAGGUUGAGACAGUAGCGCGGGUGGAGGUUCAUUUGCCUGCAUGCAAUGCACGGAAAGACAGGAAGCCAAGUAGGUGAGUUCUUACUCCUCGCUGCCGAGGUCCAGACCCUGAGCUUGCUUGGAUCCAACGAGUUCUACCACGGGGGCCGAGAUGAAGAUAAAGGAAAUAUUCAACUUGGCACGGGUUCCCUCCAUCCUCAUCCUCGGGUUGGUGUAUGUGGCCUAUGUGCUGAUCGGCGGGGUGGUUUUCUGGAAGUUGGAGGGUGAUCUCGGUCAGAAGGACAUCGCAGACCUGCUGCUGAGUAAGAACAGGCUGCUCGCGAGUUACACCUGUUUGACCCAAGAAGGCCUGGAGGAGGUGGCUACGGUUGUUCAAGAAGCAUCCAAAGCAGGCCUAAGUUUGAAAAGAAACUCCACGUCGGACGGCUUCUGGAAGUUCACCAGCUCGGCUGUUUUCGCUGCCACGGUGGUCACAACUAUAGGUUACGGGAACAUGAGUCCCAGCACCACCACUGGCCAGAUCUUCUGCGUGUUCUACGCGGUGUUUGGCAUUCCUCUCAACCUAGUCGUGCUCAACAGGGUGGGCAAGUACAUGCUCGCCAUCGAGAGGAACAUCUCUGACUUCCUCGAGGGGAAGACCGGGCGAAGGAGGUGUACCCGCUUUUUCGUCCACCUGGUGUCUUACCUGUCUGGAGCGCUGCUCUUCUUUGUCAUGCCAAUGAGUGUGUUCCAAAUGCACGAGGGCUGGACCUUCUCCCAGGCCAUCUACUACUGCUUCAUCACCCUCAGUACCAUCGGCUUUGGAGACUUUGUGGCAGACAGCAAUCCAGACAAAACAUACCCACAGUGGUACAGUGUCCUCAUGGCCUCGUGGAUCUUCUUCGGCCUGGCCUGGCUGGCCCUCCUCAUCAACCACUGCAUCGACAUCCUGGAACGACUCAACACCCACUUCAAGCAGACGUGGGGGGAGCAGAAGCAGGAGGGCGAGUCCGCUGGUGCAGACGUCAACGACCCAGACACACAGGUGGAGGCAGAAGACGAGAUCAAGAAGCCUCCAGUGACUCAGUAGACUGCUAGCUAGAAUUAUCUGUCUGUAAGUCGGGAGGCGAGCGUAAAUUCUGAGGUAUGGCUGAGCUUGAUGUGCAUUGUGGGACUGGAAAAUAUUAAGUCUUAAAGGGUUCAAUGUGCGGCCAAGCGAUGCGCUUCCCUUUCUCUUUUAAUAGAAUAUUGACUCAUUUUUGCUGAGUUAGGAUUGUUUCUUUCGUUUAGCACUUCGCUGUAACACUUGUGACCCUCCAUCCAGUGUUUGUUGAUUGACUUGAUUGAAAAGAACUGAUUACAGUGCACAGGGAAGGGUACUGGGACAAUGCUUCCUUUCCCCCCGGUCACCUCUCGGGUUAGCCUGUCCGCUGCUCUUUUGCCUUUGGGGCCAACCUCAGUGAUCACAUGUCAUAUUCCAACUCUGAAAUCUAACUGUUUGUGCAACAGUGCAGUCUGUGCGUUGUGGUGAAUUUGAAACAUGGUUGAUAUACGCAAUGAAAACAGCCAAUCAAAAACACAUGUCAAUAAUGAAAUAUGUUUUUGCAUAAUAGAUACUGAAAACUUCUAUGAGGAACCUUUAACUGGUUAUGAAAAGGUCCCAAUCUAAUACUGAUACCUUUUUAUAUGUGAACGACACCAUCAGCUAGAACUUAUUGUUAUGGUUUGCUGCAUCCUUUGAAUGAGCAGCGCUCCUACUUGCUGCUCCGUCGGCCCCCACUGGGAGCCAACAGCAACACCACCAUGCUGGAGACCCGGGCCGCGUUGCUGAGCCCGCUGGAGAGAACGGAGGCACUAGAGAACCAGAACCAGGAAUUAGAUCAUCUAAUCAUUAAUUGGAUGUCAGAUCCUGCUGCUGUUAAACAAAAUGUUUUCUAAUGCGAGUCUGGUGCUUGUUAUCACCAUCUCUUUGUCCGAGGCAAAAUCAAAUGAAAGUUCCUCGUAGUAGUUUGUUGACUGACAUUUUUUUAACAGUAAAAAAAUACUUGGAUCAGAAAUGUAUCAUUAAAUGCAACCUAAAUCGCAAAAUAGUUUAAAUAACAUUAUGGCAAAUUAUAUUAUGUUAAUGUUAUAUAUUUAUGAAAAAUAAAUCAGUUUUUGACCGCACUAAAUACAAUAUCAUAAUCUUAUAUAAUCUUAUAUCCAAAAAUAGACAAUACUAGCAUAAUACCAUUUUAGAUAAUAAUUAAAUAUUAGAGAAUUUGUAUUUAUGAUACUUACAUGGUAGUAUUUUGUAUUUGGGGAUAUUUUCCUAUGCAUGUUGUAUGUGGAUCCUUUAGGAAAGCAUUGCAGAAAUGACCUGUGUAUCCACUAGAUGGUGUCACUGUACUAACGCUGAACCUAAAAUCAACUAUCAAGCAGCAAUUCAUCUGUAUAAUGUGUAAUAAUGUUGUAAUCACUCAAACGGAGUAUAUUGAUCACAAUAAGGCCAUGAUCUGUCAAUAUAUUCUUACACCUCAUAUUUAAAGGAUGCUUAAACAAAAAUGCAAUUUCCAUCAACUGUAAUGUUUUGUCCUCAUUUCAUAAUUAAAUAAUUGUGUGAUCCCA